AUAAGAUAGGACAAGUAGGUUUUGACUCAACUGCGAAGAAAGUUGCAACUGACAGGAUAUUACACAAAUAGAUCACCAUCCUGUUUUUAUGGUAUCCUGGUUGAAAUAUUUAUAAGGUCAUAAUAGGUGAACAUCUGACGAUCAACCGGAGGUAGACCUCACCUGUAGUCUACACAGCCGCCAUGUUCAGGUCAAUUCUUAUCGCAGUUAUAUCUGUACUGAAACUUUCUGGGUGUUCUCCAAGCAAUCCAGUCAAUAGGAACGCCCCAGGUGGUCCUCGCUGUUACUCGUGUCCAAGUGUGGAGGAACCGUAUCUGUGUAACGUGACCACACAGUGUGGACAUGAUGAGCAAUGUUACACAGAUGAAUAUUCCACAAAUGGUGGGACGAAUAUCUUCAGCGUCGGUUGUCGAAGGAUUUCAGAAUGUUACACGGCAAUCGUGCAAAGAUCAGUCUCCAGUAAGCGUGACGUCAAGCCACUCAAGUGUGUGGAGUGUUGCCAUGGCAACCUAUGCAACCGCGGCGGUUGCAGUGCAGGGCUUGGGAAGAGCAACGUGUGCUACAACUGUCGCUUUAUAAAGGACCCACGACGAUGCCAACAUGAGACCAUAUGUCAGGGUGAUGAGCACUGUUUUAUAGAGAAGGUGUUGACUCAAAUCUACGACAUCAAGUAUAUUCAGGGGUGUGUUGAAAACGCCGAAUGUCAACGUCUACGUCAGUUUGGGCUGCCGGUAGGGAAGCGGGACAAAACGAUCUCCACAAUGUGUGCCAGCUGUUGCUAUGGAGAUAGAUGCAAUGAUGAGUGUUUCCUCAAUGGUACACUUGUUACUACAAGACCUUUGGUGACUACAGAUACAUUCGUCGUUGAUACAACAGGUGGAGCGUCAUAUACAAGUAUUUUAAUGAACAUAGAUACAACAAGAUUGGCAUCAACUUCAAGUCCCUCAGCGACUACAGAUACAGAAACAACCAUCGCGUCAUCAUCUGCGAUUCCUUUGAUGAACACAGAUAGAACUUUUGUUCAUGAAACAAGCUUGGAAUCAUCUUCAAGUCCCUCAACGAUUACAGAUACUACAAUUGUGUCAUCACCCACAAGUUCAUUAAUGAGCAUAGACUCAACUCCGGUUGAUACAGCUAGAGGGACGCCAUCCAUAAGUCCUUCAAUAAGUACAGGUGGACCCGUCCUUUAUACAGCGAGUGGGACGCCAUAUAUAAGUCCUUCAGUGGGCACUGAUACAUCUGAACUUUAUACAGCAAGCCCGACGCCAUAUAUAAGUCCUUCAAUGAGCACAGCUGCGCCUGUCCUUUACACAGCAAGAGCGACGUCAUCUAUAAGUUCUUUGAUGACCACAGAUGCAACUGUCGUUGAUACCAAAAUACAGCCAUCAUCUUCAAACCCUCCACGUAUUAGUACAGUUUUCCUUGAUUCAAGUGAGGCACCACCCGCAAGUCCGUCGAUGAAUACGGAUACAACUACAACAAAUGGGGUACAAUCUAGUCUCCUUGCCACAUCCACUUUUCAUGAAUUAAGCACUAUAAGACAUGGAGUUACAGCGUCCCCGUCCACAAGCACCACACCACCAAUGUCGACUCAUGGCACAUCACCUGGAAAAUAUUUGUCGACAAGUCCGACGCCAUAUAUAAGUCCUUCAAUGAGCACAGCUGCGCCUGUCCUUUACACAGCAAGAGCGACGUCAUCUAUAAGUCCUUUGAUGACCACAGAUGCAACUGUCGUUGAUACCAAAAUACAGCCAUCAUCUUCAAACCCUCCACGUAUUAGUACAGUAUUCCUUGAUUCAAGUGAGGCACCACCCGCAAGUCCGUCGAUGAAUACGGAUACAGCUACAGCAAAUGGGGUACAAUCUAGUCUCCUUGCCACAUCAACUUUUCAUGAAUUAAGCACUAUAAGACAUGGAGUUACAGCGUCCCCGUCCACAAGCACCACACCAUCAAUGUCGACUCAUGGCACAUCCCCUGGAAAAGAAAUGACGACUAUCUGCCACGCUGACUGUGAUGGAUUAUCUGGUUGCAUCUUGCCUAAGAUACAAACAUGCAGUGGCGCAACUCCUUACUGCUUCACACAAGUAGAUAAUGCUGAUUCAGGAGCCUUUAAUAUCAAGAAAAGAUGUGCAGACAGAACUACGUGCAAUACCAAGUGGUGGCACCAGACGUCUGAUGACGAUCGAUGCGUGGAUUACAAGCAAGGGAACAUGAAUACAUUCUCCUGCUUCUACUGCUGUACAACUGACAAAUGUAACUUAGACAACAUCCAACCGUCGUCACUAUUUAAAGGGGAUGAUUAGUUUCAUUUAGAACAGUGUUGUUAUAUACUUCGUUUCAAAAGUUUAGACUCACUAGUGUAAAUAUAGGCUUCAGGCAACUGUUCUAAACUAAAUUUUGCCAAAUAUUCCAUUCUGUUUAAAGGUACUGUUUACACAUGAAC